CAAUUUGCUGUACUCUGGAUACUCUUUACCAUUAUUGUGCUUGGUAAUUCGGCAGUUUUGUUCGUGAUGUUCAUCAACAAGAAUCGCAAAUCGCGCAUGAACUACUUCAUCAAGCAGCUGGCGCUGGCAGAUCUGUGCGUUGGGCUGCUCAAUGUGUUGACAGAUAUUAUAUGGCGCAUCACAAUCUCGUGGCGGGCCGGAAACAUGGCCUGUAAGGUCAUCCGCUUCUCGCAGGUGUGCGUCACAUACUCCUCCACCUAUGUGCUCGUGGCCAUGAGCAUUGACAGAUACGAUGCAAUAACACAUCCCAUGAACUUCUCAAAGUCGUGGAAACGCGCGCGUCACUUGGUAGCAGGGGCUUGGGUCCUCUCCGCCCUCUUUUCCCUACCCAUACUGGUGCUUUAUGAGGAGAAGCUGAUACAGGGCCAUCCGCAGUGUUGGAUUGAGCUGGGCUCGCCAAUGGCCUGGCAGAUUUAUAUGUGUCUUGUCUCGGCCACACUGUUUGCGGUGCCCGCCUUGAUAAUAUCCGCCUGCUAUGCAAUUAUUGUGAAGACCAUAUGGGCCAAAGGCUCUAUAUUCGUGCCGACAGAACGUGCAGGCUUCGGUGCAGCAGCAACACGACGCGCCAGCUCCCGAGGCAUCAUACCACGCGCCAAGGUCAAGACCGUGAAGAUGACGCUGACGAUUGUGUUCGUAUUUAUCAUAUGCUGGUCGCCAUACAUUAUAUUCGAUCUUCUGCAAGUCUUUGGGCACAUACCGCACUCGCAGACCAACAUUGCCAUAGCCACAUUCAUACAGAGCCUCGCACCACUCAAUUCGGCAGCAAAUCCACUUAUUUACUGCCUGUUUUCCUCACAGGUAUUUCGCACGCUCAGUCGCUUCCCGCCCUUCAAGUGGUUCACUUGCUGCUGCAAAUCGUAUCGCAACAACUCGCAGCAGACCCGUUGCCACACUGUGGGUCGACGUCUGCACAACAGUUGUGAUUCCAUGCGCACCCUGACCACAUCGCUUACGGUUUCCAGACGCUCCACCAACAAGACAAACGCCAGGGUCAUCAUCUGCGAGCGGCCCAACAAGGUAAUCACCGUGCCGGCCAUGUCCGAGGUAUGAUAGCUGGCGCACUCGACUCGCAAGCGUUCAACGUUUGCGAUCCGGGGGCCGACGUCCUUCAGCGAUGCGGAGUUUCUAUAAGUGAAUAGCUGCUCCCCCUUAGCAGGCUAUACGAGGCUUAGACAAUAAGUGCGAAAGUUGUGUAUGCAUAGCGCAAACCCAAA